GAAAAGAAAAUUUUAAUUACACUCUGCUUUAAUAAUAUUUCAUUGCAGACCUUAAAUACAAUCAGCUGCCUACCAGAGCUACUGUUCAGCAUUCUUUGUCUAGAAAUUGCACUAUAGCAUCUAAUACCUGUAGAAUGUGUUACGUAAGUGUGGCAUGUCUUGUCACCUCCAUACUAAUUACCCUAGCCAUUUCUUUGGAGCUGCUUCUCGUAUGUAUUUGAAGUGCAGAAACUCUCAGCUCAGGAGAAACAGCAUAAGCCGGACACAGAAUAAUUUUAGUCGAAAAAAGGAAGGAUUCAUUUUAUCAAAGAAGGCAAGAUGCGAUUAAAAGUGGAGGCUGGCUCAGGUUAUGGCAGCAUGCUUGGUGGCGGCCUGGCAGGCACACUGGGAUCAUCAGAGAGUCUUCCUCUUCUCAUCCCAGACGAUGAGCCAGGGCCGACUUAUUUGAAGCCCAUGACCAGAGAUGAGCUUGAAGCAGUAGCUGGAGGACCUGGUUGGAGGAAAUUCCGCUCUCAUCUGGUUCUGUUCUUCUGGCUAAGCUGGCUAACCAUAUUGGGGACUGCUAUCGCUGUGAUCGUACAAAGCCCACAGCCUGUAGCUGGUCACCUGCACUGGUGGCAGAAAAAACUUUUCUAUCAACUACAGCCAGCCCUGUUCACAGAUGCAGAGAGUACAGGGUCAGGAGCUAUAAGCAGAGUGUCUCACAAGCUGCCAUAUCUGAAGUCUUUGGGAGUUGGAGUUAUAAUCUUGGAGGGAUUGUUCAGGCCUGAUGUCUCGCUCCAAAACCUGACUCAGAUUGAUGAGAGACUUGGCACUUUACCUGAGUUCCAGCAGUUCAUCACUGACAGCCAAAAAGCAGAUAUAAGGGUUAUUCUGGACCUUGGCAAAGUAGACAUCAAUAGCAGAGAGAUCUCAGCAAAUUCUUCUGAUCAUGUCCAGGAUGCAUUAAGGUACUGGCUUGAACUAGGUGUAUCAGGAUUUGAAAUCUACAAUGCAGACACAGCCUUUAUUGAGGAGACAUUGAAAAUGUGGAAGGAAGUGGUCAAAGAGUUUGGCGCAGGUGACAAUGAAAGGAUUAUGAUGGUGAGGGAAAUAAGUGAAUCUGUUCCAGGGUUCAAUAUUUCUGAGCCAGCUAUAAACAGCUCUCUGGUGAAAUUAGUAUCAAGGCCUCUGAUUCCUCCAUCCUCACAUCCAUUAUCUGCAUCCGAAUUAGCUGAAGCUAUGGAGUCCAAAUUGAAGACCCUGCAGGGAGAAUGGCCGAGCUGGAGAGUGGAUGGGCCUGUAGCCUGGAAACUACACAAAGUCAUGAUGGUUCUGAUGAUGACCCUGCCUGGAACUCCCAUUAUUAGAUAUGGAGAUGAGAUUAGUCAAGCACCAAACCUGCCUCAUCCAAAGCCUUCCACAGCCCUGUUCCACUCUCUGAGUCAUACUCGUUCUCGUGAAGAAGCAUUUCUCUAUGGCACCUUCACCCUUCUUACUGUCAAUACCACAUCACUCAUCGUUGGUUCCACAAACAGCACGACCUCGCCACCUCUGGCCUUCCUGCGCUCGUGGGGGUGUACUCACUUCUUGGUUCUGUGUAAUUUGGGUUCAGAAUCUUAUGCUCUGAACUCAAACUGGAUCUUGAGUCUACCUGUAAAUGGAAUCUUUGUAACUAGCACAGGUCUGGAUCGCAUUGGUCCAGUGAAUCUUCAGUCAAUAACGCUCCAACCUCAUGAAGCCAUUGUCAUUAAGCUGCUUGAGAAAGGCCCUGACUUAUGAAAUGCCGGAAAUGCAGGAACAGUUUUAUGAGUAGCAUGAAAUAAAAAAUUGUAGUUGAUAUGUUUCUACAAAUAUUGUGACAAUAUUGCAUAAACUGUGUACAUUAAUGUCACUUGGUAUCUUUAUACCCCAAUCAGACAUAAUAUUAUGACAUCUGACAGAUGGACUGAACAACAUUAAUCACCAGCUAUACACCAGCAAACUAAUUACAGGAUCAUGGGCUCCCAAAGUUCACCAAUGCCUGUGGUGACUAAAGGCCAGGCUGUGUGCCAGGCAUCCGUUGCUAAACACACACUAGUCCGAUCCACAGAGGCUUCACCUUCUGCAGGUGCCACACACCUAAUGCCACACCAGAGCUGCCCCAGUGGCACAAGAGCAGUCCAAAACCUAGGUGGAUUUAAUGUUAACGUUAUGACUUAUCAGUGUAGAUUUCUCUGUUAACCACACGAGGUCACUCUAUUAUAUCUGCUACAGUGUAUCAGACUACCCAAACAUUUUUAAACAAGGUUUUGUGGUUUGUGACUUAAGGGACAUGUUCCUGCAUUUUAUUCAUACUUGCAAAUUAUAAAUGACCAAGACGUAACAUCAGAUUUCUCAGAAUUGACCUUAG